UCGCUCCUCUGCUCCCAUACACAUCCAUUCCUGUUGCUGAAAGGCUUUGCCAACACUCCAUAAAGAUGUGCUCCCGCGGGUCCUCCUGCCACAGCCACGAGACCUCCUGCCACGGCUCCCGUUCUUCCUGCCAUGACUCGGAGCCCUCCUGCCAUUACACCAUCCAGAGGGUCCCCGUGCCCAAAUACACCUACGUGACGCCGUGCUGCCCCCCGGUGCAGACCUUCUGCCCCCCGGUGCAGCGUUACUGCCCCCCGGCGCAGACCUACUGCCCACCUGUCCCCUAUUGCCCCCAGUACACCAAGAACAUCUGCAAGCUGCCUUCAUCAUUCCCCAAGUACUAGGUACACCGGCUGCC